AUGGAAGGAGCACUGGUGACUCCAACUGCAGAGCCUGCUAAGGUGACUUUUGAAGUUGGUGAGGGCCUUCACUUGGAACAGCACCAGGGCUCGGUGUGUCCCUGUGAGACAGAGGUCUACAAGGCAACUAGGGACACAAUGGAAGGAGCACCAGUGGCUCCAACUGAAGAACCUGCUAAGGUGACUUUCGAAGUUGCUAGGCACAGGGGAGAAGCGGUGGAGGCCCUGGUCCCAGCCUUUCUGCAUAGAAUCAUCUCCUGCUAUGCCAUCUGUCUGGGGCCUUCCUGGAACUUUAUUCCUGUGCCCAACUUCGUUGAGAAGAUAUUUUUCCUUCAAUGUAGAAGCCUCGUGGAUGCUCUUUGGAUGACUUUGGCCUGUAUGCACUUCAUUUGGCCUGAAUUAGGCCUAAAGAAUCAGCAGGACAUUGCCCUUAUCCAGGCUGUUCUUCUAGAAGCCACCAAGGAAGAUGGUGAGAUCCUGCUCCAUGUCCUCAGUGAUAGGCAAUUCCAAUACCGGUUUGUGGAGCCAGUGUCACCUGCAGCCCUGGGUGCACCAGGAUCUCUAGAUUCAGCACCAGGGCCUGUGACAGCAUCAGGGGAAGAGCCCCCUCCAAGAACAAUGCUGGAGCUACAUCCAGUCCCAGAAUGUCCCUGGCCCUGUCCUGGACUCAAGAACCAUCCCAGUGAGGAGCUGCCUGACAGCAUGGUUUUGCAUGCCAGGCUGCUGGUAGAGCAGCUGACUCUGAUAGAUGCAGUUAGCCACUGGGCUCUGCAAGAUCUAUUCAAGAAGGUGGUGUCCUAUGAAUGCUUGGGCUCCAGCUGGCCCCAGCUGAAUAAGAUGAUCAAGGAGCAUGUGUCACUCACUGUCUGUGCCCCUAUUACCCAGUUUCACAGUGUGAUCAACUGUGUCAUCACACGUUACUUUGGGGACCACAGCAUGAAGGCCUGGGGUAGGUCCAGGGUGGUGCAGCACUGGAUUAAGGUGGCCAGGAGCAGCUCCAGAAAAUAUAAAGAUCUGUUCAGUAAAGACAUUAAACUGAGUGGAGACCUGCUCAUGAAGGUACAGUGGAAACUAGAAGAUGAGAGAUCCUUCUGCAUUGUAGAGCAUGGAAAAGGUCUGGCCACCCAGGAGAGGAACCCCCAGACAGCCCAGAUGAGGGUGCAGAAGCAGAAGGAGGGGGUGGUCCCCUUCCUGGGGAGUUUCCUCACCAGCCCCGUGCCUGAUGCAGGUCCAAGUCCUGUUGGGUGCACAUCCCCUGACCCUGGUGACACUGGCAGCAGCAUGGAGGUCCAAGUCCUCCAGGAGAUGCAUCUGCUGCAAAUGGCUGCAGAAAACUACCACCUUCCACCUAAGGAACUGCUGGAGCCCCAGGACUCCAGCUGGGCAGGCAUGGAUAAAGAAACUCUGGUGUGGCUCCUGGUGGCCUCACAGCUUCCUCUCUAUUCUACAGCUACAAGCUGCCAUGUGGCUGAAGCUCCAAUUCCAGUAGGCCUGCAUCACACAUUCAGCACCUGCAGUGGCUGGGACCCCACCAGGAUGCUGCCCAGAACAUUAGCUCUGCAGCAUCCUUGACCCAGACAGCAGACACCAGGGGACAACCUCUAG